GAGCCAGCCACCCAAAAAGAAAACCCAGCUUCGAGCCGUCACCCUCCGCCACGAAAGAAGAGAAGGGGGAUUGAGACUAAGAGAAAAAAGAAGAAGAAGAAAAAAAAGGAUCUCGGCUUGUCCAGCCCUUCUGCGGCAACAGGAGCAGACAGCGAACCCGGUGGAUUUUUUUUUUUUUCCCCUUCUUCGGCGUUUCUUUUCCAGCGCAAGGACUUCCACUCAGGAAAAAAAAACCCCAAAACCAAACCUGCAGAGACCGAAUACAAAAAAAGCAAGACGAAUAAUGAACAAUCUUGUUAAUCCGCUGUCCCGAAGGCUGGGGAUGUGCCCCGGCUCGGGAAGUUGUAGGCUGUAGAAGUUCUGCCUCUCCCCCAUGUACUGUGCUGUCUAGAGCUUGUUUCCCCCCCACCCUAUUUUUUGGUGCUUUAUUGCUGUUAUUGUUAUUAUUUUAAUUUUUCUUCUUCAUGAUGUGCUGUUAGAAACCACUCCGGGACUACUCCAGCAGUAGGAAGACCGAGGAGUGGAGUGGAUGAAUAUACCGAUGAGAGAUCCAGUAAUCCCUGGGACAAGCAUGGCUUAUCAUCCUUUUUUACCUCACCGGGCACCGGACUUUGCCAUGAGCGCUGUGUUGGGACAUCAGCCUCCCUUCUUCCCGGCUCUGGCUUUGCCUCCCAACGGGGCGGCCGCCCUCUCCCUUCCCGGGGCUCUGGCUAAACCCAUCAUGGAUCAGUUAGUGGGGGCUGCAGAGACUGGUAUCCCCUUUUCUUCCCUGGGUCACCAGGCAGCAGCCCAUCUGAGGCCUUUAAAAACUCUGGAGCCAGAAGAAGAGGUGGAAGAUGACCCGAAAGUGCAUCUGGAAGCCAAAGAGCUUUGGGAACAAUUCCAUAAAAGAGGCACGGAGAUGGUGAUUACCAAAUCGGGAAGGAGAAUGUUUCCUCCAUUUAAAGUGAGAUGCACUGGACUGGAUAAAAAGGCCAAGUACAUUUUAUUGAUGGAUAUUGUGGCGGCUGAUGAUUGUAGGUACAAAUUCCAUAAUUCCCGGUGGAUGGUAGCCGGCAAAGCUGACCCUGAAAUGCCAAAGAGAAUGUACAUCCACCCGGACAGCCCGGCCACCGGCGAACAAUGGAUGUCCAAAGUCGUCACCUUCCACAAGCUGAAGCUCACUAACAACAUCUCUGACAAGCACGGAUUUACCAUUUUAAACUCCAUGCACAAGUACCAGCCCCGGUUCCACAUCGUCCGAGCAAACGAUAUUCUCAAGCUUCCCUAUAGCACGUUCAGGACCUACGUUUUCCCGGAGACUGAAUUCAUCGCAGUGACCGCAUACCAGAAUGAUAAGAUCACUCAGUUAAAAAUUGACAACAACCCCUUUGCCAAAGGUUUUCGGGACACCGGGAAUGGAAGGAGGGAAAAAAGGAAGCAGCUGACCCUGCAGUCCAUGCGGGUGUACGACGAGAGGCAGAAGAAGGAAAACCCCACCUCGGACGAGUCGUCCAACGAGCAGACAGCCUUCAAGUGCUUCGCCCAGUCCUCCUGCCCCGCCGUGCCCGCCGUCGGCACCUCCAGCCUCAAAG